CCAGUAAAUGCUAGAAGCCCAAAUGUACGAGGGGUACCUGAAAGCAGCACGAGAGGCUGUCAGCGAGGAAGCGUCAAGAUGGUGAAAUUUGGGCUCCAGUUCAAGGCCACCCUGGAAAAUGUCACCAAUGUGAAACCAGUGGGGGACGACUUUCGCUGGUUUCUGAAGCUGAAGUGUGGAAACUGUGGAGAGGUCCCAGAUAAAUGGCAGUACAUAACUCAAGCGGACAGUGUUCCACUCAAAGGAGGAAGAGGCAGUGCCAGCAUGGUACUGAAGUGUAAACUUUGUGCCAGGGAAAAUUCAAUAGAUAUCCUGGGAGACACCAUUAAACCUUACAAUGCUGAAGACAGCGAACGCUUCAAGACGAUGGUGCAGUUUGAGUGUCGAGGACUGGAGCCCGUAGACUUCCAACCACAAGCUGGCUUCGCUGCACAGGGAGCAGAGUCGGGAACACAGUUUCCUGAAGUCAACCUACUAGAAAAAGAUUGGACGGACUACGAUGAGAAAGUGAGCGAGUCGGUGGGAAUCUACGAGGUCACACACAAGAUCAUCAAGUGCUGAUGGCGUCGUUCAAUGAGACUCAGAGCUGUGCGGAUGAACACUAAAGCCAAACUCAAGUCUCUCUCUGGGCAUCAGGGACAUUUCAGAGGCUGUGGCGGAGGGUUUGGUUGAUGAACAUUUAUCAGAGUGGAUGAAAACAAACUGCUGUCGAGACACAACUCAACAUGCUCAUUUUCUUUUCACUGUCUCAAUAAAAUUGAAAGGUGAAUAAUUUUA